AUGUCCAGCCCAUUUAGGGUGUGUUCACUUCAGCCUUUUUCAUUGAAAUAUCCCAGUCUUCACAGACAAAAAGCUAACAACCGAAGGGGAUCCUCGAAGGCGCGGGCGUCCCUUCUCUUCCCUCCUCCUUCUCAUACUCAUUCUGGGGUGGCGCCUAGUCGGGGAGACUCCCUCGUAGACACACCUGUCUCGCCGGAAAAGAUGGCAGUGACAGAAUCUGGAAUCUUGUUAAUGAUAUUUGCAUCCUUUCUUUUUCCUGUAUGUCACCCCAGCCAGUCUGACGACUUAACACUGGAAAAUGUCUUUAUAGAUGAGAAAGCAGCACAAUCAUUUUUCAGCCGCUCCUUACUUUAUAACAAGUGGGAUUUUGAAGGCAUUAUUCCAGGCAAUUUGGAGCGUGAGUGCAUUGAAGAGGCCUGCAACUAUGAAGAAGCCAGAGAGAUUUUUAAGGAUGACAAAAAAACUCAAAUAUUCUGGGCCAUAUACAAGCACAAUGCUACAAGCAGUCAAGCCCCCCGGGUGGAUGCCAGUGCCUUAGCAGCUGGCAUUGUAGCAACAGUGGUCUCUUUGUUCAUUGCUAUUGUGGUUGGGUGCUAUUGCUACAAGUCUCGUCAGAAGACAAGAAGAGGAGGAAGCAUUCCUGUGAGAAUGAGUGGAGAACUGGGAACUGAAGAGAGUCUUGGGUUGAAUACUUUCCAUGAUAUCCCAGGAUCCAGUGCACCUGGUUUACCAUCAUAUGAAGAUGCACUGGAGCAUACAGGCCAACAUGAUGCCCCGCCACCUCCAUAUGAAGGGCAGAUCAGUCCAGGUCAGAGGGAAUGAGUAGAUGAAGCAAGGGAUGGAUUAAUUCAUGAAAGAAAAACUCUGAGCCACCUUCACAUGGGGGAAUGUUAAAGGAAGUUUACUGAAGUAAUUGGACAGGAGAAAGCAGCAUUCUGAACUCUCUCAUGUACUGAUUGCCUUUAUUAUUUAUGCUCCCACUAGACAAAGGCUGAUCUUGGACUCAUGUUAGAGCAAAAUGGCAUUCUCCACUUGAAUCAGGAUCAAGGCAAUAUGAAGCAAGGAUCAGUGACUGAAGCAAUGAUUUUUUAAUACCAUUAAUACAAGCAUCUAAGAACAGGUAUCACCUUUACUGAAUGCAUUAAAUCAAAGUAUGAAUAAAAUUAUAUCCCUCCUCCCAAAAACCCAGCCAACUCAGAACAAACUGUUUUAGGGCUGAAUAUAAUAAAAUAAUAAUACCUUGAUUUCAAGUGGGUGGAAGUGCCAAAACAAAGACUGGUACAAUUACAAAGUCAUGUUCUUAUGUAACCAUCAGAGAAGGAGCAAUCCAUUGAAGACUGUAAUAACAGAUCUCGGUGUAUAAUCAGGUAAGUACUGUCAAACAAAUGUACAUAGUACCAAGGCUACUUAUUACAAAUUCUGCACAAUUACAUAAAUAGGACCUUCAUAUAUUGUUUACUGAUAAACUGCCACCCAUCAAUGUACUGUAGCAUGUGAUCACCGGUCAGGGCCAGUAUUUUAAAGGAAGAUUUUAAGUUUCCACAGUAGAGUACUAUGGGAGAAAUAUACCAGACAGAUGAUAGAUAAUAUGGCUUGUGUGACAAGGAAACAGAGCAAUUUGCAAGAUCAGAAAGUGCCUUGUGCAAUUGGCUUGGCAGUAAAUCAGAGCUGUGAGGGCAGAAAAUAUCACAAGAUGGUGGCACUGACAUGUUCAGUUAUACAGUAACUAGAUCAUAUUUCUAUGGUUCUGGCAUCUUUGCAGUGAUAUUUUAUUCUAUAAACAUACCAAAUCAAAGUACCGAAUCAAUCUAGACAGCAAGAGAAUUUCCAUCCAGCAAGUUGGCAUGCCAGCAAUUUUGAAUAGUAAGGAUGUUUUAAGGAAAGCACAUGCAUGUCUUUCCAGUGCUGAAAUCUGAAAUUCCCACAAUAUCCAAUUUUGGAUGAUGUAAAGACAGUCAAAUAAAAGUGAUACUUAUGAAUAUAAACUCAGAUUAAAGGUAUAAUUUAAAUUAAGGCUUUGGAAAAUGCCCAGGAGGUACUCCAUAAAUCAGGAAAAGAGUAACACUGAGGAUUCAACCCCAGGGUGCAACCAUUAGACAGCUGUAAACUUUGAAAAAUAGCAUCCACUAUCAAAAUGAAUGAAACCAUAGUUUUUAUUUAAAAAAAAAAAAAAACUUGUGAUAAGUCCUUGUUUUGAUGCUAAAGCUGCUGUUUCCAACAACCAACUACAUACACAAACAAUUGGCAACAUUCAUCAAAAAUCAGUGACAUUCUAAAAAGAGGGCUGCAGAAAAUGGAAUUUAAACAAAAAAGUGAAUAUAAGGAAACAUAAAACUUGACAAGAACAGAUCAGUCAUCUCAUAAUAAUUUGUUUAGUGGUAAUUGCAGGUUGAAAAAUAAAAUACUAUCAUUUUGUAAUCAUUUUCCAAAAAUAAAAAAUAUUUGUAUUACAGUA